GAUGCUGCCGAGAUGUCAGAUGCUAGGUUCAUAUUUUUGGGUAAUUGGGUCUAUUAAGUUAGUUAUGUUUGUGUGUUUGUUGCCAGUUAAGCUUGCUACUAAAACUGACAAUGUUAGAUAAUAAUAUUGCUCUUAACACAUACAGCUCUUCCAAUUCACCUUUUUCAUCACACAAGAAAUACAGGAACUUUUUCUUGGUUGUACUUUUAGUUUCAGGGCUUAUUGUUUUAUGUUUGCCAUUCAUCAAUCUGUCAUCAAAUAAUGGGGAAAAUUUUCAUAGACUUAAUUUGAAUGACUUAAACGACCCUCGAAUGGUACAAUUGAGAUCCCUUGCUUAUGGCACAAGAGCAAAAAACUCAAAAUGCACAUAUUGGGACUGUUUUAACGUCUAUCUUUGUGGGUGUACUGGCCAUGAAAGGAUUGCAGUUUAUGUGUAUCCUUUGAAGCAGUAUUUUACUGAAAAUGGAAAACCAGUUACCACCAAGAUAUCAAAGGAGUUUUAUGAUAUUGUGAAGAGCAUUGUAGAGUCAAAAUAUUAUACAUCAAAUCCACAUGAAGCCUGUCUUUUUAUUCCAUUUAUAGACACUUUGAAUGAGGAUAUUUUGGAUGGCAAUUUGACGUCAAGGCUUUUAAACCAACUUCCCAGAUGGUCAAACGGAGAAAACCAUCUACUUUUUAACAUGUUAGGUGGUACGCCUCCAAAUUAUUCUGAAAUACUGGAUUGGAGUUUGGGUAAUGCAAUGAUUGCGGCUGCUGGAUUUAAUACCUAUAAUUUCAGGCGGAAAUUUGAUAUAUCCUUACCAACUUUUAGUCCUUUAGCGAAGCAGGCUCAAGUUAAUAACACACGGCAAAUAAGAAAUUGGAAAGUUAUUGCGAGUCAAAUUGACAUUGAUCCUUACUUUUCGGCUGUACUGCAGCAACUUAGUAAAUACCAAAAUGAUGCUUUACUACUUCUGGAUCGAUGUAGCCCACAUAUCUAUACAAAACGCUGUGAAAUUAAUUCCAGAACCAUUUAUGAAUAUCCCCAGGUGUUAAGAGAAUCUACUUUCUGUCUUGUAUUUCGAGGCAAAAGAAUGAGUCAGUUUAUACUGAGCGAGGCCAUGGCCGCCAAUUGCAUUCCUGUGAUAGUUAUGGAUGGCUACGUAAUGCCAUUUCACGAGAUCAUCGAUUGGAAUCGUGCUGCCAUAUUCAUAAUGGAGGCCAAUUUAAAUACUCUUAUGGAUGUAAUUGACGGUAUUUCGGAUAAGAAAAUCGUGCAAAUGAGAAAUUCUGUGAUAUUUUUAUAUAGGAAAUAUUUUUCAUCUAUGGGUAACAUCGCUAUAAAUACCUUAGAUAUUAUACAGGAUAGAGUAUUUCCACAUCGUGCCAGGACCUAUGAUGAUCUAAAUUUAUUGCCUAGCGAGGUUAAUUAUAAUCCUCUCUAUUUUCCAACAACAGCACCGAAGGCUACAGGUUUUACGGCUGUUAUUUUGACUUAUGAUAGGAUUCAAAGCCUUUUUAUCCUAAUUGAAAGGUUGGUCAAAGUUCCAAGCCUAACCAAGAUCGUGGUAGUAUGGAAUAAUAAAAAAAAAGAUCCACCGGCUUUGUCUGAAUUCCCAAUUGUAUCGAGACCGAUAAGCAUAAUAAAAACCCAAGCCAAUAAAUUAUCCAAUAGAUUUUAUCCCUAUAAGGAAAUUGAGACUGAGGCUGUGCUUCACAUUGACGAUGAUAUUGUAAUGCUAACUAGCGACGAAAUUGAAUUUGCUUUUGAAGUAUGGAGAGAGUUUCCUGAUAGAAUAGUUGGGUUUCCUUCAAGAACUCAUUUCUGGGAUAAUAUAACUAAUACAUGGAAAUACGAAUCUGAAUGGUUAAACGAAAUUUCGAUGGUGCUGACUGGCGCAGCUUUUUUGCAUAAAUAUUGGAGCUAUUUAUAUACUUAUAAACUACCUGAAUAUAUAAGAGCUUGGGUUGAUAAUAACAUGAAUUGUGAAGAUAUUGCUAUGAAUUUUUUAGUUGCUAAUGUGACGAAUAAACCACCUAUUAAGGUAACACCAAGGAAGAAAUUUAAGUGCCCAGAAUGUGCAAGCAAUGAGAUGCUCUCAGCUGAUAUAGGUCACAUGGUAGCUAGAUCACAAUGCGUUGAUCGAUUUGCACAAAUAUUUCGUCGUAUGCCAUUAAAAUUAAUAGAAUUUAGAGCUGAUCCUGUUCUAUUUAAAGACUCUUUUCCAGAGAAACUUAAACGUUUUAAUAAUAUUGGCAGUUUGUAAUUACAAAAAUUGGUCAUUUCCGCUUAGUAUCAAUAAUAAAGUUUGACUAGAGAUAUACCA